AUGGCUUCGCAAGUAUCGUCUUCCGAACCUGCCCCGCCACGUCGAUCAGCUCGGAAUCGCCACACGGCAUUGGAGGAUCGCAAACCUGCGGAAACCCGUCAACGAGCUCGACCCAAAGCAUCAUCUGCACGAAGAAAGACACAAAAGCCUGCCGAUGAGCCAUCAACACCGAGACCAGAAGAGAACAUCGACGAAGAUGACCUCUGCCCAAUCUGCCAAGUCCUCCUGUAUAGGCCCGUGACAACACAAUGUAACCACACAAUGUGUGAAUCCUGCAUGGCGCACUGGGCCGACGUCUCCGUCAAUUCCCAAAUGAAAAUCGUCGACGUCGACGAAGAACCCCAAACAUUCGAUGCUGUAUCCGGAAUCGAAGCCAAGUGUCCAAUGUGCAGAACGCAGACCACGGCAUCGUACAAUCCAGAUCUUGCAGCUCGCCUGGGCAGAGACUAUCCCGCGACGACACGAGAGCGCAGCGUAGAAGAAGCGGAUAGUCUGGGCGAACAAGGCAGCAUCCAGACUUUGACAGUGUAUGUUGGGAACCGCCAUCGAUACAUCGCCGAUGCGGAGACGGCGAAUUGCCAUGAGUGGACGUUCUUCGUCAAGCCCAGUCGGACGGAUAUCAUCGAGGAGGUCCAACUCGUCCUUCAUCCCACUUUCCGCCCGAAUCGCGUAAUCCGACAACGCGCGCCGUAUGAGGUUAAACGCCUCGGCUGGGGGACGUUCGCUGUGACAGCAUAUGUGAUAUUGAAGGCCGGGUACACAUGGGUUUCGUCGGAAGCGGAGAAUAGUCCAGAUGGGGCAUAG